AUGGCUCCGUGUUUGGGGCUCUUUCUGAUUUGGGCUGGUGCGUCUGUGUUUCUACAGCUGGUCCCUGUGAAUGGAGGGGAUCUUCCCAACCCAGGAAUUGAUCCCAGGUCUCCCGCAUUGCAGGCAGAUUAUUUACCAGUUGAUAGCAGCGGGCUGGGCGGGGCUCCCUAUGAGAACAACGGUGUUUCUACUGAACAUACCGGAGACAAGUCUUCUGCUGAAUCAGCUGAAGAUGAAAAAUGUGUUUUCCCAUUCACCUAUGGAAACAAAAAGCAUUUCGACUGCACAUUCCAGGGUUCCAUAUUCCCGUGGUGUUCCCUCGAUGCAGACUACAAAGGAAGAUGGAAAUACUGCACUAAGAAAGACUAUGCCAAGUGUGUCUUUCCCUUUAUCUUUGGAGGCAAGAAAUAUGAGACUUGCACAAGAGAUGGAAGUCUUUUGCGGGAUUGGUGCUCAGUCUCUCCAAACUAUGACCAGGAUAAAGCUUGGAAGUAUUGCUAGCCAUAAGAAGAGUUACCGUCCAGCGCAUCCACCCGUGGCCGUGGAUGCAGUCAAGCCUUUGAAACCUC